AUGCAUUUGAAAACAAAAUCUAAACAGCGCCGUUCGAUUCGUGAAUGGUAUCAAGAUUUUCGAUCAACAAUCAAUAAACAUCUUCAUACAUUGGGUAAUUUUAUUUAUAAUCAAGAACAUUAUGAAAUAUUUGGACGUGAUGGAAAACGAUGGAGCAAACUAGCUGCUUUCUAUUUUUGUUUCUAUGUUGUCCUUGGUGGGUUUUUUUGUUUGUAUUUAUCUAUAUUUAUGUCACUUUUACCAUUACAUCAACCAAGAUAUAUAGGCAAUGAUAGUCGAUUAACGUCUCGUAAUAAUCCACUUUCACCAGGACUUAGUUUUCGACCACAAACUAGUUUUCAUCUAAAUGAUGUACAAACAUUAAUAAGUUUAUCAUCUAAUGAUAAAGAAAAUCAAAAAGAAUCAACUAAUGAUAAAACUGAAAUUUAUAUAAAGAAUCUUGAUGAAUAUUUAAAAGUUUAUAACAAUACACAAAGCUCUAAAAAUUUCACUAUUCAUGAUGUAGGUGAUUGUAAUUCAAUUAAUCAUUAUGGUUAUAAAAAUGGUAAACCAUGUAUUUUAAUAAAAAUAAAUAAACUUAUCGGUUUUAUACCAGAGGUUAAUAGAACUGAUGUUGAUAAUAAGCAUGAAUCAGAAUGUAUUGGUAUUCCUAAUAUUCCAGUUCGAUGUAUGGGCGAGUAUUUAUUUGAUCAAGAAAUGCUUGGCAAUGUUAUAUAUUAUAGUGAAUCAGGUUCGAGUGAUGUAUGUGGUUCAAUUGAUAUCAAACAUUUUCCUUAUAAUGGUAAAAAAAAUCGAAAUAAUGUUUAUCAAGCUCCAUAUGUAUGGGUACAAUUUCAAAAUAUAACACCAUAUGUAUUAAUAUCUGUUGAAUGUCGAAUAUUUGCUGCUAAUAUUUUUUAUGAUAAAAUUGCACAACGAGGCAGUAUACGUUUUCAAUUGUAUCUUAAUAAAAAAAUAUAG